GGUAGCAAUUCGCAUGCUUGACCCGUUGGGAGGCAAGUAACAGAGUUCGCCCUGGUUCGAUAGUCUCUCCACAUCGUCGACCGCAAUGAACAGUAACUCGUCGGGUUCAUCCGGAUCACCACUGAGUCUCUCGUCUCAUCUCAGAGACAGCUCAGACGCACUUUCACGUCCCACUUGGCUCUUCAAUAGUCAGGUUGACUUCAUAUUAGACGCUUUUGGCUUAUUCGCGGAUGAGCUUCUUCUAAGUGCCGCUGAAUGCGCAAGACAAGCUAAUAGUUACUGGCAUACGCUAGGAGAGAAUGGUCAACAACGCACGAAGAGAUUUGAUAGCAUGGUGCAAGCCAGAUUUACUUGGAAUGGAAAUAUUCGUUCAGCACUUACAAGAGCAUUGGGAGACCUGCGCGCUUAUUCGUUCAAACCGGAAAAGAACGAACUCGUUCCCCCGUCGUGGCCACCGAUCCGGUCCAGGUCGUAUUCAUUAUUCAUACCUAAUGACUGA